AUGAUAAGCACCAUUGCUCAAGAUUUAAAUACAUUUGGUAUUGGUCUAUCUAAUCAUUGGUUGUAUCCAACAGAGACUGAGCUCUUUAAUUAUACCCUGUCACAAGGUUCAACUUUUGGUGUUCUUACUCAUUUUUGGACAACUGGUGAUCCAGCAAUUGAUGAAUCUAUUUUUUCAUAUUAUAUCGAUGGAGAACAUAUACCAUCAAUACAAUUUGUAACAUAUAUGUUAGUUGGAGCUGGUUUUAAUGAUCAAACUACACCAUGGGGAACUAAAUGGAUUGGUAAAGAAGCAAAAAAUGGUGGUUGGUAUAAUAAUUUUCGAGUACCAUUUCAAAAAUCUAUACGAAUUACUGGUAAAUUACCAUUAACAAAAACUAAUCGAAAAAUGAUUGGGAUUAUUUUACGUGGUACAGAAAAUUUACCAACAAAUUUUCAUGGUUUUCAACUUCCAUGGAAUGCUCGUUUAAUUUUACAUAAAAUUGAAAAUCAAACUUAUAAUCCAUUAUCAUGGGUACCUCUUGUUGAUAUAUCUAGUGGUCAAGGGCUACUUUUUUCACAUACAUUAGCUGUUAUUAGUGGUAAUCUAAAUUUUCUUGAAGGUUGUUAUCAUGCUUAUACAAAAUAUGAACAAAAUUUUCCAGGUUUAAUUGUUUCAACAGGUACAGAAGAUUAUUUUGAUAGUGCUUUUUAUUUUAAUGCUGGACAAUAUCAUAAUGAAAUAUCUGGUUAUACACAUUAUAAAGAAUUAUCAAAUAAUAUAUAUGAAUGGUCAGCUUAUCGUUUACAUGAUUUAGAUCCAAUAUUUUUUACGAAUGGUUUUCGAUUUCAAUGGAGAAAUGGUGAUGUUAUUGAUGAUGAUGGAUUUAAAUGUAUUAUUAAUCAAGGUGGACAUAUUGUUGGAGCACCGACUCAAUCAAUUGUAACAUCAUAUACAUGGAUUUAUAUAUGGUAA